CUUUAUUUCUCUUAAUAGCAAAACACUUCAAAGAUUAAGAUGAAGGAUGUGGAUGCCCCUGAAAGUACAGGAAAAUCAACAACUGGUGAAGGAGACGGAUCCAAUUAUACAGACCUAGGAGGUCUUGAUAAGGCAAACACAUACGAAGAACUUUCUCAUUAUACCGAGGAUGUUGAUAAAAUAUAAGAUGAUUUUCUAAAGUAGAGGUGCCCGAAGUUGGGAUUACAAAGUGACAUGGACAGCAAACACACUCUUAUGUUUUAGACAUACUGAAACCAUGCAUGCAUAUUUGAGUUUGUUUAUUACGCAUUUUUAAAUUCAAAAAAGGACUUAAGCAUAGACAGCUACAAAUUAUACUUGAUUGAGUGAACUGCAAAAUUUCUCUAUCAGAAGCCUCUUUGUAGUUGACCACAAAAAACUGAAUGUUUUUUCCUCAAUAAAAUGGAUCUUAUUAUUUGUCAUAUGGAUGUGAUCGGUCGGUAAAGAAUGGUCACUCCACCUUGGCAUCUGAACCCAUUUCUAUGUUUAAGACGUCCCUGUUUUCUCUGCUUCUGAUGUAAAUUGUUUAAUUGUAAUUAAACAAAUACUCUGAAGUAGACAUCAUAAAGAUACUUGACUUUCUGAUUGACAAUAUUUAUGUGGUUGUUGGAGACUAGGUCUUCCAAUAAUCUAUUGGUCUCUCCAUGGGUACCAAUUGUACCCUGUUAUAAGCAGACCUAUUUUUGUAUCCAUAUGAAGCGGAAUUUGUUAAAAGUCUUUUAAGUGAAAAGAAGAAAACUCAGCGUGACCUUUCUGUAUAUAGACGACGUAUUGUCAAUUAACAAUUAUGGUUGUUUCCAUAUUACUGUCACAUUGAAUCGAUAUAUCCCAGUGAGCUGAAGAUAAUAGAUACAACAGAGUCUAACACAUAUGUUUUUUAUUUGGAUAUUUUGAUUUAAAGAGACAAUAAUGCUUAGCUAACAUCCAGGCUCUCUGAUAAAAGUGUUGACUGUAAUCAUCAACUUACUUAUGCAGCAAUAUACCUUCUGCACCUCCAUACGGAGUUUAUAUUUCUCAGUUGAUUGAUACGUAGAGUAUGCUCUACGUAUGUACAAUUUCUAAAACGAGAUAGAUUUUUGACAAACAAGUUGAUGAAAUAAUGAUAUUAGCAGUAUUGCAUAAAGUUAUCAUUUCGUAAUUUCUAUCGUCGAAAUAAUGACCUUGUCAUCAAAUACAAUUUAUCAUUGAGUCAAAUGUUAAUUUGACGGAAGUUUUUCAUAAAAUUGUUCUUCUAUUAUUUUCACACUGAAAUGACGACGAAUUUUCCCGUUAUUUUCCGAUCAUGACAAAAAGCAAACGGCAAGUGUGAGUAGUUGGCAGGGGAUGCUCACUCCUUUAUGGUACCUGGUCCCACCUUUGAUGUCUUGGAGGUCCAUGUUUACUCUGCUUAAAUUAUGUAUUGUUUAAUUGAAUUUUGAGCUUGAAUACUGUUCGUUAUUUCCAUAUAUUUAUUGAUAAAGAUGUUUUUUCUCGAAUGCUGUUCCUUAUAUACACAUGUUUCUUUGCACAUCAUUGUUUAACUAUUAUUAUUGCUGACAGAAGUACAUUAAAUCUGAUCACAAUAUAGUACAAAUAAAGUUUUUAUCUCUACGCUUUAGUCUUUAACAAGUUUAUUUUCUUCCACUGUAUUCAGUGAUGUCAGAUAAUCAUUCACAACCAUGGUACGUUGAUUUUAAACCUCUAUGGAAGAUUUAUAGUUCUGCAUAUUUGCUGCUGCAAUUUUUUUUCAAAGCCAUGAAGUGACCAAAGAUAUGUUCUUUCAACCGGAAUAAUUCCAUGUUCUAGCCCAGAAGAAAAUCUCUAUCAUCCUUUUGAAAAAGCACUUGAUGGAACAUGGCCUCGAUGUUUUCCUGUACAGCUAUGAUCUCCUGAGAAAAUCAAGGAAAUAUUCCAGGCAAACUGCCCAUCAGAUCUGGCCCCUAAAGGAGUUCCUUUUUCAGCCAUAAACCCAUUAAUUGUGCUAUAAGUACACGAAUGUUCUCAAGAUUUUUGUUGUGAAAUACACGAUAUUCCCCAUCAUGCCCGCCAACAUAUUCUUCUUGAACUAUUUCAGCAAGGUUCUUAAAAAAACCCAAAACUAAAAAAAGACCAAGUCAUAGAACGGAGUUCCAUAACCCCUUAUCUCGUCCUAUCAGUAAAACUCAAAUAGAGUCCAAUAUGACAUCUGUGGUGUGUGUUUCUAUAAAGGUUCUUACAAUUUGUGUGUUGACAGAAAAUGUUUUGGGGUACUGUUCUAGGAGUUCAUGCUGUGGUGAGGGGUGUCAAUGCAUUUAUUCAAAUUAUGGUUCUAGCUAUACGACAUGUAAUUGCCCCUCAGGAAUCUCUGCUUAUAACUACACGUUAUCACCUUGGAGUGAGUGGACAGCUUGUAAUGUAUCAUGUGGAGGUAAUGGUACACAACACAGAUACAGGACCUGUAGAGGAUGCUGUAGUAAUCAAGUGUUACAGGAGCCUAGAGACUGUGGCUCAGACGCUUGUCCAGUAAAUGGAUCUUGGACUUCUUGGGGAGGAUUCAGUAGUUGUGAUAAAUCGUGUGGUGGAGGCUGGAAACUUAGGUUCAGAGACUGUACCAGCCCCGCUCCAGCUGAUGGGGGUCUACCUUGUAUUGGCGAUUCGGUGGAAGUGAUCGGUUGUAACAUGUUCCACUGUCCAAUUGAUGGAGGAUGGUCGGCAUGGUCAAACUUCAGUAAACAUUGUAGCGGAAGUUGUGGACAAGGUUUACAUCUCAGAACGCGCACCUGCUCACAGCCGCAUCCUCAAUACGGGGGUCUAGACUGUACAGGAAACUCAACAGAAGGCAUUCCCUGCAAUCUCACAGCCUGUCCAGUUGAUGGACUUUGGGGUCAAUGGGGUCACUUCCGUCCAUGCGACAUGUCAUGUGGCGGAGGAAUACAUAUCAGAGUAAGGCAAUGUAACAAUCCACCACCAUCUCACGGAGAACGUCAGUGUACCGGUAGGAAUUUGGAAUCUGAGACAUGUAACACACAGCCCUGCCCAGAUCACAUGGAAUCCACUGCUUCUUCGGCUACAAAACAUUUUAUACAAGGCCCGGUUUUUGUUGGAUGAAACACGUAUGAUAUCCAACGAAAGUUAUUAAAACAAUAAACAUGCAUUCACAAAACAUGUCGUUUUAAACGUAACGGGUAAAUACAGACAUGGCAAAAGAGAGGGCAAAAGUGCAUCAUUAGUUUGUUUCGAUGUCACCCAAUUAAAUAAUGAAAAAAAAUACUUUUAAGGACAGAUGAUAGAAAAGACUUUUGUCAGAAAAAUUGGAAAUAACAACUUUGAGUCAUGAUCAAAUUACUGUUAUAAUGAUAAAUAUAUUAUAUACCCCCUUAAACUAGCAAAAUAUAUCCGUAGUUUUUUUUUGUUUUAU